AUGCCUAAGUGUAUCGUGAAAAAAUGCAAAAAUAGGCAAAGGGGAACUGGUGCUCCUUUCUCUCUGCACACAUUUCCAUGUUCACCCAAAAGAAUUAAGUCUUGGCUGUUGGCUACUGGUGAGGAAUAUAGAGAUAUUAAUCUUUUGGUCCAGAACAUCCAUGAUGAAAAAAAGAGAAACACUUUUAGAAUGUGUUCCGAUCAUUUUGCAGCAGAGGCAUACUCCACAGCUGGUCAAAGAAAAUUCCUAAAACCCGAUGCUGUUCCUACAAUCUUCGCAUGUAAUGAAGAAACCACACCAACCUCAAAAGAAAAACCAACGCCACAUCUGUGCAUUAAACCUGAGCUAAUGGAAACAGAUGCCCCUGUGGUUACUUAUAUGAAUUUAGUACCAAGCUUAGCAACCAUUGAAAGUCAAGAAAACAGUGGAAUGUUUUCCUCAUACCCUUCUCAAAAUGAACUUCUGGACCACGACUACUCUGAAAAGUUAGAUUAUUCUGUUUUAACAAGUAAAUUCAUGUUUCACAAAGCCUCAAAUACUGAGGUGGUCAGAACAUCAAAGAAGGGUACCAUAACAUCUAACUAUUAUGGAAAAAGGUCUUUGAAAACACAGACUUCUGUUUUUCAAGGAAAAAGGAACGCACAGACUUCAACAAGAGAGGACCGUGUCAUGAAAGAUGCCUUCACGUGGACCGGACCUUUAGAGGACGACAUUAAAUUAUCAUCAGAAUACUAUAAGAAACCAUCUUUUACAGAUGCAUAUACACAAACUGAUAACGCAAUCCAGUUUUCUGAGCUUCAAUCUACUCUGUCAAAGCCUCACCCGGCAACAUUGGUAGAAACUCAGUUCACACCUCAACCGGUUGUUGGUGUCAUUUCAGAUACACCGCUUGCAGUGGAGACAACGCCUCAACAACAUAUUACCACAGGCGAUCCAGAUUUGAUCCCUGAAUGCGAGGAACAUGUUGGAUACCAUACAUUUGAACGUACACCAGAAGAUUUUGUGUCCGAAAAGAAAUUUCUUGUGUUUGAUAGCUGUCUAGAUCAAUUGUUGUCAAAAGUGAAACUCUCUUGCCACGCUGACACUUGCAAAUCAUCCAUAAUUACAGUCGAAAAGAACAUCAUUGGAACUUUAUUGACUGUUUAUUUAACAUGUGAAAAUAAUCACAGAAACCUUUUUUGGAGAAGCCAACCCAUGGUAGGGACUCAUUCCUGUGGAAAUAUCCUAUCAAGUGCGGCUGUUUUAUUAAGUGGUUUGCAUUAUUCCAAACUUCAUGAAAUGUUUAGCAUUUUGGGCGUGCCCUAUAUUUCAAAAACUGUUCAUUCAGAUUACCAAAAAAACUUUAUUUUUCCUGUUAUUCAUCUUCACCAUACCAAAGAUCGACAUAAUAUUAUUGAUAAUCUGAAGGACAAGGCAAUUUGCCUUUCUGGAGAUGGACAAAGUGGCCACUCUGUGUUCUCUAGAAAAUAUUGCAUGUACACUCUCAUAGAAGAAUCUACCCAAAAAAUUAUUGAAUGCAACACCAUUCGGGUAUCUGAAAGAAAGUCAUCUAUUGAUACGGAAUCCAAAGUGUUCCGGAAGUGUUUAAAUAAAGUUUUAGACGAAGGAUUGAUAGUGGCUUAUUUAGCAACAGACAGGCAUAUUGGAAUAACUAAAAUCAUGCGAGAUGAAUACAGACAAAUAAACCAUCAGUUUGACUUAUGGCACUAUUGUAGGCACCUUAAAAGAAAAUUGUCAAGACUUGCCAAGCGGAAAACAUGUAAACCGCUAAUACCUUGGCGAAAAGCCAUUAUAAAUCAAAUGUGGAUGUCAAGUUCGCAAUGUAAAGGCAAUGUCAAUUUAAUGAGGGAACAGUGGAACUCAGUUCUUCUGCAUGUUGUUAAUCAGCACAGGUGGGAUUCUGGAACUCUGAUAGAUGGGUGCCCACAUUCAGAACUUUUGGAAAAGGAUAUGGGAAGUAGACCCUGGUUAGUUCGAGAUAGUCCAGUCCACUUGCAACUUACAAACUUUGUUAAGAACAAACAGCUGCAAAAAGACCUUAAGCAAAUGACACAUUUUUGCCACACUGGCAGUAUCAAAGUGUUCCGCAGUUUGGUUUUAAAGUUUUGCCCAAAGCAUGUACGUUUUUCAAAGGAUGGAAUGGCCGCCCGAAUUAAAUUGGCUGUUUUAGCACACAACGCAAAUGUUGAAAAACCACAAACUACAAUAAAAAAAGUUGGUGUAAAACACUGGCAUGUGAAUAACAUUUCUAAAACUCAAACAGUUGACCACGUUUACCCCAUGUUGGCAGAUAUCCUCAGACAUGUGUCUGGAGAGCUGGAUGUUACUUGGGUUUCAGAAAGGUGUUUAUGUUCAGAGAUGCCUCAACGCAAUGGACACCGAUGAGGGUUUUGGUAGAAAUACACCUCCUUAGUUUCAAACCAAGAAGGUUGUUAUCCUGAAGAUAGAGUAGAAACAUUGUUUUUCUACAUUUAUUCAAUACCCAGCAUCAGAAGGAUUAUUUCUGUUCAUAUCAUGUUAUUCCAACUUCCGAUCUAAAAGCAUAACCUUUUU